UCAGGUGGGACUGGCGAGAAUGACGUCUGCUGUGCAAAGAAGUGGAGGGACAGCUUCUCAUCCAACCGAUUCAUUAGAUCUGGAGCUUGAGUCCAUGGCAGCUAGGAUUGAAGCAUCGUCCAGUGGUGGAAGUAUGGGUGUCGGCUUUCGUUGCCUUGAGGAAGACCUUAAAACUGUCUUCUCCAUAUUUUCAGAUGUCGUUCAAAGGCCAACAAUGCCUCGGGAGAAGCUAGAACUUGUUCGAGGACAGCUUUUGGGAUCCAUUUCCCGCAGAAAAGAUAAUGCUGAAACUUUGGCGACUAUAGAGCUGCAAAAGCUCUUGUACGGAGAUAAAAGUGUUUAUGCGCGUCUGCCCGAGGAGAACACUGUGGGAUCUAUUUCUCGCAAUGAUCUGAUUGCGUUUCACAGCCAUGUUUUUCGACCCGACUCAGCGGUAUUAGGAAUUUGGGGUGAUUUUGACUCGUCGACAAUGAAGUCACUAAUUGAAAAAGAAUUCUCGGCGUGGAGGACUCCAGAAAACAUUAACAAGUUUUUACCAGUAAAGAACGACACCAUGCCCGAGCCUGUAACCAGCGUUUCUGAGCCAAAGGUGUUCCUGGUGGAUCGUCCCGGCCUAACUCAAGGCUACGUUCGUAUGGGGGAGCUUGGAACUACCAUUGCGGAUCCUGAUGUGUUUUCCUUGGACGUUUUGAAUGGCGUGCUAAACGGUUUUGGAGGCCUCUUAUUUGACGAGAUUCGAUCAAAAGAAGGUCUGGCGUACUCAGUAUCCGGAGGAUGGAGUCCUUCGAUCGACCACAGAGGGGCAUUCGUUGCAGGAGGGGAGACGCAAGUUCAGUCGGUUCCCAGAUUCUUAAAGGCCAUCAAGACAGUUCUGAUGUCUAUUGUCGAGACACCUGUUUCUGAAGAAAAGCUGUCUCAAGCGAAAGAAGCCGCUCUAAAUUCUUUUGUUUUCAAUAUUUCAAGCAGAGAAUCGCAGCUGGGACGCAUUCUUAUCUACGAUCUAUUCGGAAUUGAUCAGAAUUUACCUUUCACGUACAAAAAAAGAGUGGAAGAAGUAACGACGGAUGAUAUUCUACAAGCCGCACGAAGGCACCUUCAUCCCGACUUGGAACCCAUCGUAGUUGUUACUGACGCUAAGGCACUGGGGCCUCAAACGCCAUCUUUUGUGCCACUGCGAGGACGAUAAAAGCUACACGCAAAGUAUUCAUGCGGCGAAUCCUGCUAAAGCACACGAAAUGGCUGCUUGUCAUCCAAGGGAUGAUGAACUUCCAUCCUUGUUAAGAGAGUGUGGUAGAGUGAAGGACUUGGA